ACAAGGCUCAAGGAACCACAGUCAGCGAUGGAGUGGAGGGACAGCAGACGGUUGAAUAUGAUGCUGUUUCUUGUCUGUCCGACAUUUUGGUCCAGUUUCCUGGUUUUGUGGCCGUCACAAGUGGGUCUUGAUGAACAACAUGUUCUCUUUCAACAGCGACAGAGGGCCAUGAUGAGGUCCUCUGUCAGGGAGACAAGACCAUUGACACAGUGAGAAUCAAAAUGUUGCUGCAUGUAUGUAAUUUUAUCUUUUUGAUCUCCAUAUCCUCUUAGUCAUGUUGCUAAAAACUUUUUCAGCUCUUUGUGAUGAAUUCUUCGGGCCAUGAGGACGAUUUAGAUAUGAGUGAUGUGAACGAAACCUUUACCUGCCUCCUUUACCCAACAAAUGUUGUCAACUGCUCCUGGUCAUUCCUCACUUUAGAGAAGGCCACUCAGCUUUCUGUCUUCAUCAGUAUUUGUGAUAUAGACACAGCAGUUCAGUCUCUGAGCCAUUCGCCUGGGGAGAGAGUCGGAUCGAGGUCUUUGACUCUCUCUCCCUCUCGGCAGCAGCAGCAUGGUCGGCUAUUUGCAAUACUGCAGUUUAACAUGUCCCUGCACGACAAGUGGACAGUCUACACCUACGUGUAUGACAAGGACACACUGGAGCUCCUGUCCCCUCCCCCGAACAUCAAGGCAACAGUCAAAGAUGAAGGUCUGUUAGUGACCUGGGGUGUGCCGCAGAAUCAGUCACACCAAUGCUUUCAAUACGAACUGGACCUGGGGGAUCAGGAGGCUCCCAAACGGUUGAGAGCCAAGGGGUCUUACACAGAGCUGAACGCAGAUCCCACCCGCAGCUACAGAGUGAGGAUGAGGACAAAGAAGGUGGAAACAUGCAGUGGAUCCCUUCAGUGGAGCGAAUGGAGUCCCACUGUCGUGGUGAAGCCGUCAGUGCAGUCGGUCCAACUCAACACUCUGCUGAUCGUGUUGAUUUCGCUUGGAAUACCUAUGAUCCUGCUGGCCGUGCUGCUGUUGGUGCGUUAUCAGAGGGUGUUUGAACUUCUGUUUCCUCCGAUUCCUUGCCCCCCACCAAAGUACAUACAUUUCCUGGAAAAAGACGAUGCAUCCAGCUUCUUCCAUCCUGCCCUGUCAUCUAAGGCUGAGGAGGAGAUCACGGAGGUGGAGGAGGCAAAGGAAAACCCUGGAAAGACAUUUUAAAAGCAAUACGUGGAGGACAAAUUAAAAUGUAAUAAACACCUGGGGUCAUGAGUGUGUGUGUGUGUGUGUGUGUGUGUGUGUGUAUGUGUGUCGUGUUAAAGUCCAGAAAGUUGGUCAAGAAUUAAGAGUUAAGAUUUUUUUUUUAAGAAAUGUUUGUACCUUUAAGUGUGUGAAAUAAAAUUAAUUUUCUGCUA